GUGAACCGUGCCUCCAACCCCAAACGAACCAAAGCGGGCGCCGCCUCCGCUUCCUGUCCUCUGACUUUUUCUACAAGCUCGUCGUCUCCCUCCGUCUACCCCCACCAUCUCGGGAGCGAGCAUGUCCUGGCGGUGGGCUCUCGCGCGGCGCGUCGCCGCGCUGACCACUCCUAGAGGGACCGGCGGCGUGGCCCAGGCGCAGAGGCUCUUGCCGUCCUCCUCGGGCGCCGGCGCUCUCCUGGGAAGGCAGCACCUUCCCCACGCCUCCCAGAUUCGGAGCAAGGUGGUGGGUUGCAGAGGAGCUGCUUUCGUGAGCUCGAGAUGGUUGCAUGAUGCCCAAUACCACAUUCACCAGGACGGGGCUUCAAGGGCUGAGGAACAGCAAGAUCCAUUUGAAUUAGUUGCCGAUGAGCUAUCACUUCUUGCAAAUAGGUUACGAACCAUGGUGGCUAUCGAGGUCCCCAAACUGGCAUCAGCAGCUGAGUACUUUUUUAAGGUGGGAGCUGAGGGAAAAAGAUUCCGGCCUACGGUUUUGUUGCUGAUGGCGACAGCUCUGAAAUUCCCCAUGUCAGAGUCAACAGAAGGCGGAGUUCUCAGUAUAUUGGCAAAUAAGCUCCGCACACGGCAGCAGAACAUUGCCGAGAUAACUGAAAUGAUUCAUGUCGCGAGCCUUCUGCAUGAUGAUGUUCUUGACGAUGCUGAUACUAGACGUGGUGUCAGUUCAUUGAAUCUCAUUAUGGGGAACAAGCUUUCUGUGCUGGCUGGUGACUUCCUCCUGUCUAGAGCAUGUGUGGCACUUGCAGCACUUGGGAACACUGAGGUGGUAUCUCUGAUGGCAACUGCUGUAGAACAUCUAGUUACUGGUGAAACUAUGCAGAUCUCAACAAGCAGAGAGCAACGACGAAGCAUGGAAUACUACCUACAGAAGACAUACUACAAAACAGCAUCAUUGAUAUCAAAUAGUUGCGAGGCUGUUGCUAUUCUUGCAGGGCACACCACAGAGGUCUCGAUGCUUGCAUACGAAUAUGGUCGAAAUCUGGGUCUAGCCUUUCAGUUGAUCGACGAUGUUCUUGAUUUCACCGGCACCUCUGCAUCCCUUGGGAAGGGUUCAUUAUCUGAUAUUCGUCAUGGGAUCGUUACUGCCCCGUUGCUAUAUGCAAUAGAGGAAUUUCCACAACUACAUGAAGUUGUUGACCAGGGUUUCGACAAUCCUGCAAAUGUUGAACUUGCCCUUGACUACCUCCAGAAGAGCCGUGGGAUUGAAAGGACAAAGGAGCUUGCACGAGAACACGCCAACCAUGCAAUCAAGGCUAUAGAAGCCCUCCCAGAUAGCGAUGACGAGGAUGUUCUGACUUCUAGGCGUGCUCUUAUUGAUAUCACAGAGAUAGUCAUCACAAGGACAAAAUAGCAAGGAGUUUGGCGUUCAAGAGGUGAAUAGAAAGCUGAACCUCGCCAAGGCCUAGUGUUCCACUUGGAAAAUUUUGUAUACGUUGGUCAUUGCAUUCUUUUCACUGCCCAAAUUAUGGGUAACAUCCCUAAAGUAUGGAAUCAAGAAAUGGCCCAGCAUUUUUCUGGACCAUCGAGCCACAGCUGUAGUGAUUUUCGGUUUCUACAAGUGUCAGCAAAAAUGUAUAUUACUGAUUGCAGUGAUCACUAUAUAUUUAUGUAGCAUAUAAGGGGAAGCAGAAACCCAAUAUACGAGACAUGGAUUGGCUCAUGUGAAGCAUCUGUUAACCCAUUCCUUCUCCAGUUUACGGCCUGUUUCCCCUUCAUUUCUUAUGUUAAUUAUGACAGCAUUUUGUGUUCGUGUU